AUGAAAUACGACUGCAAAAUCCUGUUGAAACAGUAUCAAAUUUUUGAUAGUUGGGGUAGACUAAAAAAAACUGGACGAAUUCAAUUGGUAGAGAGUAAAUGUUCAAGGAUACUUGUAUAUGUGCAAUACUAUAGGAAGAGUGGAACCUUGGCCAUUGGUCCUAAUUGUGAAAAGUCUAUUGAAAUACAGUUGAUACAAAGUAAAGAUCCAAAGAGACCUGUAUACCUGAGACUCUGGAUGAAGAUCAAAGCCUUGAUCAGUUGCACAGACAGUGAAAAUGUAAAUGAAACCUUGAUCGUUCAUCUUUGCUCUGAAAAGUAUAGAAAAAUACAGAAAAUACAAAUGAGAAUCACAUACUUGAUUGUUAGCCAAGACGGUAAAGACACUAGACAUAUACAAGUAACAGUUAGUGAAAGCAUCAAAAAUGUCUUUAUAUCUGUAACACUUGGCGCAGAUUGGAUCCUUGAUUGUUGGUUUGAAUGGUAA